AUGGCAAAUUGUAAAAAACUUGAGCAGUUUCCUUCAAGGAUUUUGAUGUCGAAAUCUCUUGAGUAUCUUGAUCUCUCCGGCUGCUCCAAACUAAGAGAAUUUGCUGGAUUUAAAGGAUCACUAUCAAAAUCAUUGUACACAUUUUUCUCAUCUUGGGCAUUGCCAAGAAAGAAGGUGGAUUCCAUUGGUUUUUCACUACAGGGUUUAAGAAGUUUGAAGACAUUGAAGAUGGCCAAUUUCAAUAUGUCAUAUCUGCCCAGUGAAAUUGGGAAUUUGGUCUCAUUAACACAUUUGGAUCUUAGUGGAAACAAGUUUUUGUGUACGUUACCGGAUAGCAUCUAUAAUCUUACUCGCUUGCAGAGAUUGGACAUGGCAAAUUGCAAUGUAUCAUAUCUGUCUAGUGAAAUUGGGAAUUUGAUCUCAUUAACACAUUUGGGUCUUGAAGGAAACGAUUUGUGUACCUUACCGGAUAGCAUCGGUAACCUUACUCGCUUGCAAUCAUUGAACAUGGAAAAAUGCAAUGUAUCAUAUUUGCCCAGUGAAAUUGGGAGUUUGAUCUCAUUAACAAAUUUGGAUCUUAGAGGAAACGAUUUGUGUACCUUACCGGAUAGCAUCGGUAACCUUACUAACUUGUAA